UCGAGUCGCCCUGCAUUCCCGCUGCUCAGUGAUGGCGGCUGUUCGGCCCGUCGGGGAGUUGCUGGAAUCCGAGUCUGAUUUCAGAGGUGGCUCUGCUCUUCAGCGGGGCCCGCUGCCGGCUCACAGUCAGUCCCCGACGACUCUGGCCGACACUCAGUGGCCGCUGAAGCGGUACGGGCGGUUCUUGCCGCCCGGGGCAGGUCCGACAACCUGGGAGGUUUUUGAGUCUGAUUCGGAAAAGGGCCUUCUGUCUCUGAUGAUUGUGCCGUCAGGUCAUUUCCUAAUCUCUCGAGGUGGGACAACCCUACUAGAAGGAUUUUCCUUGAUUGAAGCUCACAAAUGGUGGAAAGCAGUCCGUAGAGCAGAUUGUGUGUUGUUUGGGUCUAAAGUUAAGAAUGAAAGCCGUAUGUUUCGAGUGCAGUUCAGUGGUGAUUCACGUGAGCAAGCUCUAGAACGUUGUACUAACUGCGUACAGAAGCUCCUUCAGUAUAUCGAUGUACAGAACCCUGAUGGACAAAAUCUAAACCAGACUCUACAGCUGAGCCAGCCAACAAACAUUGGCUACUCUGGAAGUUUGGAGCCAGUGGGAGACCAUCAAGGGGGACAUGGCAUGGAGGAGGGUCAAACAUCAGCAGAAAGUACCCUUCCUGAGGGUAGGCUAUCUAUCAAACAACUGGCAAAGUCCAUGCUGGGAUCAACUUCACCCAAGCUGUCAUUGGCCUACCAGCAGUCAAACUUGCCAACUGAAGAGCUGGGUCCUUUCCUGCGACUCUGUCUUCUGGAUCAGAGCUUCCCUGCGUUUGUGGAACAGGUGGAGCAGGAACUCAAAAAGCUGAUUAAUGAGUAACUCAACGUGUUCCAUCUUUCCCCAGUUGACAAUGAGCAGAAUGCAGUUUGAAGGAAACUGCUACAAUUUGCAUUAAUUUUCAUUAACUCAUCCCAUGUUGAAUUUCUUCUGACAAAUAUGUCCAUUGCAGUACAAUGUCCAUGUAUCUUAAGUGUAUUCAAUUCUGAAUCAUUAGUU